AUGGAGCACUUCACUGCGCACGAUGGGUCGUUCCAGUUUCCGGACUCGCUUUUCCCCGAGGUCCAGACGCCGUAUCCGGCUCUUCCGGCUGCUCCCACUGACAAAAUCGACACUCUCAAAGCGGUCUACCAAACGAGCAUAGUGGCCACCCAGACCGGUCAGGGCUCGUCACAGCAUCUUUCGCAGUUCUUCCGAUGGGCCCGGGAUGUUCUGGAUCUCCACGAGCUCCACUAUGGCCUUGGAGAGGCAGAGGUUGCGUUUGCCAAGACGGUCGUUCAACACACAGCAUACUCGGAGAGCUCAGAAGGCGCGAAAAGUCCGUUUACAGGCGCAGCACACUAUCUUCUGGGUCUGUCUUCGUUGUUUGGAAGCAGCGAUGCUUCUGGCGGCUCAGCUGCUGCUCUAGAGCACUUCAAAAUGGCUGCAGCCAACGGAUUUGCCAGAUCGUACUACCGUCUGGCGGUGGAAUUUGAAUCACGAGGCGACGCAGUUCAUUGGAAAGAGUGUUUGGAUCGGGGAGCGGCCAAGGGAGACUCUGCAUGCUGCUUCAGACUGGCCAUGGCUCUGUUUCAGGGCCAACUAGGUCUGCAGAGAGAUCCCAAUCUUGCUUACGAACUACUACAAUCAGCUGCUCGAGUCUCAGAUCCCGAUUCACCCCAACCCAGUUAUGUUCUCGGCCUGCUGUUGCUGGGAGAGCUACCUGCUAUCCGUAUAGAUGGAUGUGCCGAGCUGGAGGAUGCUGUUUCCAACCCUACAGCACAGACGUCUCAUAUGGCCUUCAAGAACCUGGAACGGUCAGCCUGGCUGGGAUUCGCCCCUGCUCAGAUCCGCAUGGGACGUGCCUGGCAGGGAGGAGGAAAGGGAUUCGAUUCGGCUAUUGCUCUGCGGUACUUUCACCAUGCUUCCAGACACUACCUGUACCAGUGCUGGAGACAGAAAGAUGUGUCUCAAACCAGUGGAGAAGCCGAGUUGGAGGUCUCCAAGUGGUUUCUGUCGGGCUGCGAGAUGCAUCUGGAGGCAAACGAGCCCUGGGCCUUCCGUUUUGGUCAUGUUGCAGCCCAGGCCGGCAAUACUACUGCUGAAUUUGCUCUCGGGUACUUCUAUGAGGUGGGUAUCUCUGUCAAAAAGAGCACUGUUGACGCCAAAUACUGGUACACGGAGGCUCUUCGACAUGGAUUCACUGAGGCACGUAACCGUAUUGACCAGAUGGAGGAGUCUCCUCUAGAUAAGAGUCAUCAUCAGAAGCGUUUGUCUCUGCGAAGAAGUAAUACCAAGCGCUUGAAGGACGAGUUUAAAGAGAAGCUGCGAAGUGGGCGGGGCGGCAGACCUCUGAGAUCCUAUUCUGUUGCCGAUCCCGAGAAUCAGGCAGCUGACAACCGAGCUGGGGAAGUCUCUCUCGAGUUGGAGGAGGUAGAGGAGGGUGUCGAGGAGGGUUCAACACUGGAUAAGGCUGAGGAUGCCAAGGAAGCUUCGGGAGACGCAUCUGAUGUCGCCGACCUCACUGUCCCAGUUGGAUCGGUCAUGGCGAGUCUUCAAAAUCUCCAGAUGAAGGACACCUCUCAAUCUGCCGACAGAAUGCUGGACAGAAUCAAGGAGAUGAAACUGGAAGAGGAGAGGAGGCUAGAGGAGGAGAAGCGGCUAGAGGAGGAGAAGCGGCUAGAGGAGGAGAAGCGGCUAGAGGAGGAGAAGCGGCUAGAGGAGGAGAAGCGGCUAGAGGAGGAGAAGCGGCUUGAGGAGGAGAAGGCAGAAGCUGAAAGGAAACAGCGGGAGGAGGAAGAGAGGCAGCGACUCAUUGAACAGGCCAGACAGGAGGAAAAUGCGCGCCGAGAGCUCGAGGCCAAACGACUUGCUGAGGCGCUGGAGAGGGAGAGACUUGAAGAGGAGCAAAGGUUGGAGCGAGAGAGGUUAGAGAAGGAACAACAAGAGCAAGAGGAAAAGGAAAGACACGAACAGCAAGAGCGAGCAGAGAGAGAAAGACAAGAGGCGGUGAGAAAACACAACCUCAACAAGGAACGAUUUUCUGAUGCCUCUACCGAGUCUUCUGUUGAGCAGUCCCCCACACCUUCUCCUGAUACACUUACCUCCAUAUCAAUGGAAGAGCAGCUGCAAGAAGCAGAGAGAAUCCACAAGGAGGAGCAGCGACGACUACGGAAGGAACACAAGCGAGCACUCAAGAAACGGGCUCAAAGUGAACGUCUUUCGGCUCCCGUUCAACCUCCUCCCCCUCCUCCUACUAUUCCCACAUCUGCUCCUGACCUGAGACGUGAAAAGAUGCUUCAGAAUGUCAGACAACGGGUUUCGUCCGAGAGUGUGAACACCGUCACGAGUGCAAGCAAUAGUACUCCACCCGCACCUACCGAGUCUGCUCCUCUUCCUCCUCCCCAGCGACACAAACAUCGUGUUUCCAGUAUGAUUCUUGACUCCGAUGUGGCAAAUGCCAACCACAACAACAGCGACGGAUCUACACCUACCACUCCAAUUACACCUCUCACGGCCUCCCUUAGAGACAUUGUCAUUCCCCCUUCCGAUUCCAGCAGUCGGUCUACUACGCCUCAUUCGGGUCACUCUACACCCCGAAAACCUGUUUCCAGAAGCGGAACAGACACGGAUCUGGCCGGAAGAGUGGUGAUGAACAAUAUGGCUUCUCCGGAGCGUCGUGGAAGACGCCAUGAGCGAGCCAGAACCUCCUACGAUAUUUCUGCUGACAUGGAAACUCCUCCAAGAUUGUGUUCUCCUGCACAUGUGGGAGCUGCAGGAGGAGCUGCAGGGGGCAAACGGCUUGUUUCCACACCUGCAGGGGUCGGAUCUGCUCCUUCCACGCCUGGAAUGGGUCCUGGCUCAGGUCCUUAUGCCGAUUACUCUCCUCCUGUGCCUCCCAAGGACUCUCCCUUUGACAGAUCGACCUAUUUCGACCGGUCCAUCUCGCCCACUAAGAACAGAGCAGGCUCCCCCUCUGGCCGCGUCAGCAGUCUGUCUGCUGUCGAGAUUUCAAACAAACUGAAGAAGUUUGCCGGCAAGAUUGUACCUUCCUCACCUCCCAAACGAGGUGCCGAGUUUGAAAGCCCGUCCAGAAGCAUGUCACCAGUCAAGGACCGAGUGGCGUCCUCACCUAACCCUGGACGGCCCAUGUCGGCUCUAUCUGGCCAUUCGGACACCUCCCGAUCGUCUUCUCCUGUCGAUUCCAUCAUGUCACAUUCUCGUUCGUCCACUAUGAUGACCUCUUCCUCGGGAUCUUCAGGUAACAGUAUGCUCUCGGGCUUCAUUCCCAACAUGAGCAUGCCCAGUAUGCCAAACGUGAAACUGCCCAGGGCCAGCAGCCCCCUCAAAAACCCGCUGUCGGCUAAAGAUUUGCAACACACUCCGGUCGAGCCUGCUCCCCCUAGAAUUCUGCAUGGAACAGGCAAAGGACCAAGGACGUUUGAAGAGAUGGGCAUUAAUCCGGUGACCAAGGAGGCCGACGAUUGUGUUAUUAUGUAA